UCAGACAGUAGCUGUAAGAAGACAGGAGCAAGAGAGGACAUGAAGGAAGACGGGAAGAAAUAGAAAUAGAGAGAAAGAGAGAAAAAAGACAGGGGGAAGAAAAGAAAAAUACUUAGAGAAGAAAGUGAAGGCUGAGUGAGUUGUUGCUCAGCUGGGAGUCAACCCAGCAGACUGCAGAGACUUCAGUUUGUGCUCAAGUGAACAGACAAAACCAGUGUGACUGGGAGUGUACUUGGAGGACAGAUUGGUUUCCUACCCACAGUGAGCAGACUGCCAAGCACCAUGGCUGACAAUGUGAAUGAGGAGUCGGAUUAUAUCCCGGGGAAGGAUGAGCUGGACUGGGGCUAUGAGGAAGGUGUAGAAUGGGGGCUCCAUUUCCCAGCAGCCAAUGGCGAGUACCAGUCUCCCAUUAACUUAAACUCCAGAGAGGCCCAGUAUGACCCGUCCCUCCUGGAUGUCGGCUUAUCACCAAACUAUGUGGUGUGUCGAGACUGUGAGGUCAUUAACGAUGGACACACUGUUCGCAUCAUUCUCAAAUCCAAGUCAGUGGUUACUGGAGGUCCUUUGCCUAGUGAUCAUGAGUAUGAGCUUCAUGAAGUUAGAUUCCAUUGGGGCAAAGAAAACCAGAGGGGAUCUGAGCACACUGUGAACUUCAAGGCUUUCCCUAUGGAGCUCCAUCUGAUUCACUGGAACAGCACUCUGUUUAACACUUUGGAAGAUGCUCUUGGGAAGAAGAAUGGAGUCCUCGUCAUCGCUCUAUUUGUGCAGAUUGGGAAGGAGCAUCUGGGUCUAAAGGCCAUCACAGAAGUUCUGCUGGACCUGCAGUACAAGGGGAAGAACAAGAUCAUCCCUUGCUUCAACCCAAACACUCUGCUGCCUGAUCCUUUACUGAGAGACUACUGGGUGUAUGAGGGAUCUCUGACCACACCACCUUGUAGUGAGAAUGUGACCUGGAUCCUCUACCGCUAUCCCCUCACCAUCUCACAGUUACAGAUUGAGGAGUUUCGGCGGCUGCGGUCCCAUGUCAAAGGGGCGGAGCUUCAAGAAGGGAAUGAUGGGUUGUUGGGGGACAACUUCCGUCCCACCCAACCGCUCAGUGACCGGAUGGUUCGUGCCGCCUUCCAGUGACCCUCACUGAACACUGCCAACUCAGACAAAUUACAGGACCUUCAGAUACAAGUAUAGAAGGAGAGGAGAAAGAAGAGGUGUGAAAACAGGAAUGGAGAAGGCGGGAGAAAGGGAAAGUUGAUGUGGUUGUAGAACAGCUGCAGACUGAAGGUGGACAAAGAAACUAUUGAUCUCACACCCUAACUGUGUGCUCCUGUGUGUACGUGUUUCUGUGUGUGUGUGUGUGUGUGUGUGUGUGUGUGUGUGUGUGUGCAAAGGUGUGUCCUGUUCUGCAGAACCUCUCUAUCCCCAUGUCAUUCUUACUGAAUACUUGUAUGUAAGUGUUUCAGCCUCCCUGUGCCUGUAUGCAUACUAUAGGUAUAUCUCCAAAAUCACUGUACUAAUGUGUCUGCCUGUGUGUGUGUGUGUGUGUGUGUGUGUGUGUGUGUGUGUGUGUGUGUGAGAGAGAGAAAGAGAGAGAGAGUUUGUGUCCUGAUCAGAUGAUAUGAGUCUUUACAACCAGCCUGUCAAAACUAACAUGAGCCACAGAUGUACCUGCACACACACACACAUUCGCGAGCACACACACACACACACACACACACACACACACACACACACACACACACACACACACACACACACACACACACACACACACACACACACGCACACACACACACACACACACACAGGCAGACACAUUAUGUUCAAACACCAGAGGCUGGUCAUGUAGAAUGAAUGCACACACAUUACAAACUGUUAUUCUAACAUAAUAUUUGUUCUCUAUGGACCCUGGAGGUGACACAGGUGUGUCUUUGAGCUUGGUAUAAUUUGCCCAAACACCAUUUGUGAAAACAAAAGCAGUCACAGGCCUAUUAUCAUGGAUCACAAGGUGCCAACUACACAUCAGGAGCAAUUUUGGGGCUCAGUAUCUUGCUCAAGGAUACUUCUACAUGCAACGCAGCUCCGCCCCAGGGGAGCCAGGACUCAAGAACAAGUGACUUUUAUUAUAUAUUUUGAUGAUCCACGAUGAGCUAUUAUCCAUGAUGAUGAACGAGUUGUCAAAGUACCAGUAGUUUGGUUAUAAUUAAUGUAUGAAAUAACGUUGCAACAGUGACUUCUGCCAAUCAGGACAAACAAUUACCAAUAAAUGCAGGUUAUAGGAUCCUAUCCAUGGGAAAGUUGUGACAGAGAACCUACAUUUACUAAAAUACCUUCAGGUUUACCCCCAGGCCUCCGUAAUUUCUGAAUUAUGUGACUUUGAAAAUAAUGUCAACAUUAAGGGAAAUAUUUUCAACAGAACCAUCUUCAUUUGGAUGAAUCCAAGCUGUAAAAAUGUUAAAUUUAGCACAUUUUCUUUUUUCUGGGCUGUUUCUGGGAACAAACAAGAAAAAUCCUGCUCAGCAGAGUCAUGAGGUUUGAUGGUUUAAAUCCGCUCAGAACCAUCCAUGCUUCGUGGUUGUUAUUUUGUUUAUUUGAUCAUAUUCUGUGUCAUAAUUUAUUAUCAGUCAUUCAUUUCCAUUCUGACAUUGCUGCAAUGCUAGAGGCGCCUGAGACUGCAACAUAUUUGCGUUGUCAUGGCUAGCUUUAUCACCCUGUUCAGACCUGGCUGUACCAUCUGUCCUGACAGGGCCAAUCACAAGUGGACAACUUCCUCCUUCUUAAUGGUUGUUGGGACUUCUUCCUCUAUAGUCAUGGCUCUCUCGUACUAUGUUGCCUUUUAACAUGACGUGGUUGUGGCAAGAAUAAGUACAUAUUUCUGUUUACGCUGAAAAUGUCAACUGAUUAGGCAGUCCUAUAAUGUAGCUCCCAUGUAGUUCAAACCCUGGAUAUGGUCCUGUUACUAUUUGUAUCAUUAAUAGUGUUAGUAUCCCUGUCUGCACUGUCUGCGUCAGUACAGGUUUGGUGUCAGUGUAUACAUAAUGUUUAAUGUAGAUGACUUGUGUUCUAUUAGCAGCUUUCUCUCUCUCUCUCUCUGUGUGUGUGUGUGUGUGUGUGUGUGUGUGCAGUCUUGUGGUACCGUGUCUGACAAGCUGACAUAAACUGUGAAAACUGAUGACUGUUAUUGUAAAGCAACGAAAGACUUCAACACUGAUUCAAUAAAAUGCGGAACUGAAACGCUGA